AUGACCGAGACGAACGGUGUCAAAGGCAAUCAUGCUGAGAAGCCCGACUACGAUUUGAUCGUUGUUGGCGCUGGCUUUGGAGGGAUCAGAGUCAUGCACGAGCUGCAGGAGAUGGGUCUCAAGUACAAAGUCAUCGAAGCAGGAACUGGUGUAGGAGGGACAUGGUACUGGAAUCGAUAUCCCGGCGCCCGUACUGACACGGAAUCGUGGGUCUACAUCUUGAACUUCUCCAAGGAGCUGAACACCGAAUGGACAUGGAAAGAACGCUUUCCCCGUCAACCCGAAGUUUUGCAAUACCUCAAUUUCGUCGUUGACAAGUUCGACAUGAAGAAGGACAUUCAGUUCAGCACCAAGGUUCAAUCUUGCCACUACGAAAAGUCGACCAACAUCUGGACACUCACCACCGAGGAGGGCGAACGCUUCACGUGCAAGUACUUCAUUCCCGCCAGCGGCGUGUUGUCAGUUGGCCGACAGCUACCAUUCAAGGGAGCCGACAACUUCAAGGGAGAGAGCUACAAGACGUUUGCGUGGCCCAAAGAACAGGUCUCGUACAAAGGUAAACGUGUGGCUGUCAUCGGGACUGGAGCAACCGCCGUUCAGAUCAUACCCCAGGUGGCCUAUCAAGCGAAGGAGUUGACGGUCUUUCAACGGACACCGAACUAUGUCCUCCCAGCCCGCAACCAUCCUUUGACCGAAGAGCAAUCCAAUGCGAUCAAAGAGAGCUACGACGAGGUCUGGCAGCAGGCGCGCUCCCAAUCUUUCGGCAUGCACAUGACGGACUCUAAGCAGACGAUGAAGGAUAUGAAGAGCAAAGAGCAGCAUCGUCGUGUCCUUGAGUACGGAUGGGAAGUCGGAGGCUUCCGCUUCAUCUUCGAGACGUUCGGAGAUUUGAUCGUCAGUCAAGAGAGCAACGAUGUUGCGUCUGACUUUGUCCGCGAGAAGAUCAGGACGACUGUCAAGGACGAAGAGACGGCUGAGAAACUUGUGCCUGACUACCCGAUCUUCGCGAAACGGCCACCAUUAGGCCAUUCGUACUUUGAGACCUUCAACCGCCCACAUGUGAAGCUCGUCAGCGUGAGGGAGAAUGGCAUCGACGAGAUCACCGAGAAGGGCGUUCGUCUGGAGGACGGAGAAGAGUAUGAAUUCGAUGUGAUCAUCUAUGCCAUCGGCUUCGACGCCUCGACCGGCGCUCUCGCCACAAUGGAUGUGCGAGCCAACGAAGACAUGACGCUCGGCGAGCACUGGAGCCAACAGCUUGAAACUUUCCUUGGGAUAUGUGUAGAGCACUACCCAAAUAUGUUCAUGAUCUCCGGUCCCCAAUCUCCCUUCGCCAACCUCCCAGUGGUAAUCGAUGGUGCCGUCGACUGGAUCGCCAGAGCCAUCUCGUACAUGGAGAAGAACGGCUACUCCUCCUGCGAGCCAACCCAUGAAGCACAAGAGCAAUACUGCAAGCAGCUCAACGACGUCUACGAGGCCACGGUGCUGCCAAAAGCGGCGAGGCAAGCGGGAGCCAACAUACCUGGGAAGAACAUAAGCCCGUUGUUCUGGUUUGGAGGCGUUGGCCCGUACUUUGAGCUGUGCAAUAAGGAGGUUGAUAACAACUGGCCGGGGCUGAAGAUGUUGUAG